UUUCUAGAGUGCCGCUUUCUCAGUUCAAAGUAAGGCCCGUAUCAGAACGUUUCACAAAUUUCACGUUGCCCUUUCUCUGCCCUAACUUUCUUUUGUAUAAAUAUAGUUAUUAAAAUCGUUUGUACUUUUGAUAAUGGAAAACAGUGAGCUCACUGUACCAUCCGAAGACUCGCACUGGUCGCUGCGGUUCGUGGACAUUUGGAAGCCCUUUCCGCAGCAGAUUGUGGCCAAUGCCACCUAUAAGGUCAUCCGCUUUUUCUAUCCUCCCUUCGCCCUGGAAGCAGUCGAUGUCACCCACGUGGUCAGCGAUCCCGAGCUGAACGGCUUUAACGUGGGACUGUUUCUCGGCUGCCCCUUGAUGCUGGGCUGCAUCGCCUAUGCGGUGUACAAAUAUCUGCUGAAAGUGGAACGCAAGGUUCGAAAGCCGCCAGCACGACUGAACGAACUUGAGGAGACCAUGACUGCUAAGUACGGCCCAGAGUACAAGCAGGGAAUCUGGGAGCGAAAGGACAUUCCUGACCCCCUCCUGGAAAGACACACCCCGACCGAACCGUCUGCCCAGUGCAAUCUGGAGGCUCAUUGGCUGCCCGAGUCCAUCGAUAACUUUAUCAACGUCGACACUUCCAAGAAGAGUAGCAAGACAAACGUCACCUUCAACGAGGAGGUCAAUUGCCGCCUGUUCGACGGUAGCACUCAGAUGGAUCUCGGCACGGAUAAGCAGACGGAUCUGGUCGAGCAGAUCAAAAACACGAUCAGAGAACGUUCCGGCUCGAAAGCCAAGACCGAGAAGUCAGCACACCGGACGUAGGGAAGUGUCUUCAUUCGGGACUUAUUCAUCGUCUUUAAUCUAGUCUGAACCACCUUUUUUGUAUCCGCUUAACGAAAAAUCGAUUUAAGAUCCUUCAA